CGGCUGUCGGCAGCGCGUGCUGUACAGUAGGACAGCUGAGCUUUAUUUUGCCUCCCAGCCGUGACACCACUGUAGUGCAGUUGGACCUGACGUCUAACAUCCACAGCAUCACACACUCCAACCAGCCGGUCACGGCGGCUUUGCACGUGAGUGGCGGCACGAGCAGUCAUGACUCAUCACUGUGCUGAGUCAUGAAAACUCUGAACCUGCUUCCGCUGACAUUGGCCAAGAAAUGGAACAAACCAUGGAAGUGCUGGCAGCACCAAUAUUUAAACAUUCCUGGUUCACCACAACGGAGCCUGCCAGGAAUUGCUAAGGCUGGUUAGCAUGGCCACUGAUGACAACAGAUAAAGAGUUUUCCUGGAGCGCUGUGGAGCCAACCUGAGAGUGGCGGAGGAGUUGCUGAUGCAUUUCGGAUGGGACGUAUGUGAGAGGAGGAAAAUAAAACCAGGAAGCAAAAGAUCAAAACGAAUCAGAGGGGACGGCAAUAAGAGCUGCUUAUGAAAGACAACUCUGAGCAGCGCCCAUGCCGCAUCCUUCAUCCUCUCACCGUGCCACAAAAUCCCCAUCAAUCUCUGUCACAAUCCGUCCUCUUUUCCUGUGAGCCAUCCCUUUAUUCUCCCCUCCUUCAGAACAUAGCUGAACCCCCUUCUACAGACCAGUGAUCCCUGCAGCAGCAAAAAAAAUAAAAAAAAGAACAAGGGGUGACGAGACAAGCUGUCACUAAGCACAGGAGGGACCCUGACAGCUGCCUCUCACUUGAGCACAUGGGCUGUUAAUGAACAGAGAUGGCGGUGAGACUGGCCGGUGCCACCCUGUCCUCUCGACCACCUUCCCCCCCUCCGACGGCCUCUGCCCGGACAGGUUAAGGUCGGUCCAUCGGCAUCCAUCGCAGCAUCCGCAGCAGCUGGCUGAGCGUGGGAAGGAGCAGUAUGCAGGAAACUGACCUACCAGCUACAAAUGCCUUCAAAGAGUGCAAGUUCCACUGCACCAACGGGAAUUGCUUGCGUCUGGGCUCGCUGAUCUGCAACCAGCUGAAUAACUGUGGGGACAACAGCGACGAGGAGAACUGUCCCGUGGUGACCCAGCACCCUCCACCUGGAAUCUUCAACUCUGAACUGGAGUUUGUUCAGAUUGUCAUCAUCAUUGUGGUGAUGACAGUGAUGGUGGUGGUGAUCAUCUGCCUGCUCAACCACUACAAGCUCUCCACCUGGUCCUUCAUAACACGGCAGAGCCAGGCCCGCAGGCACGACCACGCCCUGCAGCAGGAUGGCUGUCUGUGGCCUUCAGACAGCGGAUCCCGACAAGGUGCCUCAGAGGUAUUAUACGCUCCCCAGGCCAGGGAUCGCUUCACUGCUCCCUCCUUCAUGCAGCGCGACCGCUUCAGCCGCUUCCAGCCCACCUACCCCUACAUGCAGCACCAGAUCGACCUGCCGCCCACCAUAUCGUUGUCAGACGGCGAGGAGCCCCCACCGUACCAGGGGCCCUGCACGCUGCAGCUCCGCGACCCUGAGCAGCAGAUGGAGCUGAACCGGGAGUCGGUGAGGGCGCCGCCCAACCGGACCAUCUACGACAGUGACUUGAUCGACAUAGGGAACGGCGGCGGCCUAGUGGGGGCCGGGGGGGGCCUGGGAGGAGGGGGCCCAAGGCCGCCCAGCAGUAACUCUGGCAUCAGCGUGGCCAACUCCUGCAGCCACGGGCGCAUGGAGGGGCCCCCGCCAGCAUACAGUGAGGUGAUGGGCCAUUUCCCAGGCUCCACGUUCUUUUUACACCAGCACAGCAAUAACCAGAGAAUAGGGAGACCAGGGGAUCCGGGGGGACUGGGGAGCAGGACGAUCCAGCAGCAGGGCCAAUCAGAAAGCACAAUAGUACCUGCCAAGGCCAAGGAUGGCCAACCAGAGGACCUGGUGUGAGGAAUGGGGGAGUGGGGCAGGCGGGGGCCAAGCACCCCGGACUCAGCACCGUCUCCUAUGUUUACGGCUGACAUGGAAGCAUCAGCCUCUGUAUCGCUCUGUCGCUCUCAUGUCCUCUCUCCACACUCCCAUGCACAAACAAAUCUCGAUCCGAGCUACAGCAAAACAAGGAAGGAGAAACCCAGAGUUGAUUUAAUUUCACUUUCUAUCCAGCCGGCACUGCUGGGGAAUUUUGAUUUCCUUCUUCUCUUGGAGAGAGAGAGAAAAACUCUAGCUAGCACAGCCUUUGGGUUUUUUUCAUUCAGUGAAAGCUCUACGAUGGGGACGGGGGAGAAAGUUCCUAUUUUCUUUUGUCUUUUUGAUUUGCUUUUCGGACCGGGAUCUGUGCACAACGCGAGAACUGAGAACCCAGGACAUACAGAGAACACAACAAAAAACAAAACAAAAGACUCACAAACCCAAAUCUUAGUGCCAAGGUUCACGAGGAAGCAAAGCAAAGAGGGCAAAUAACAUCUUCUAACAUUCACAACACAACAAAAAGAAAAGUUCCCUAAAAGUUGCACUAUCUCUUUUGUCGUAACAGAGGAGGGACAUGAUGUCAUGUGAUGCUGAUGUUUGUGUUUUGAUUUUAUUUUUGUUGCAGGGUUACUCUUUGCUUUUUGUUGUUGUUGUUUUUUUUUUUUUUUUUUUUUUUUAAAUCAAGGGUUUCUUUUCAUGGAUGGACUGAACGACUGACUGAAAUCUCGCUCCAAAGUUGUCAUAAAAAAAAAAAAGAGGAAAAAAUUGAACAAAAACUAACAAGUAUAAGCUUAUCUCCAUCCUUUUCCGAAAAGCGCAACAAAUCCUUGAAUCCAGCCUAAAACAUCUGUUCACACAACAGGCACACUGAAACUUAGUAAGAGAAUAACCGUGUACUGCUUUACGUCUGCUUCCUAAUCGGGGAGAGAAAUCUGUCUUGUGACCAAGCAGUGAUGCUUCUUAAAAUCUUGACUAAAAAGGUUUUAAUCAGUUCAAAUCUUGAACUGACCAUCGAUAUAAACCAAGCUUAAAGGGGCAGUAUUAUGUAUAAUCGACUCUUAUGAGCUUUGCGUCAUGCUGUAACGUUAUUCCCUCAUCAAAAACAUACCUGGAGUUUUGCCUUGAUUCUUUCAUGAGUGUUUAAGAAAUUCUUUAAUCUCCAUGGCAACCAUUAAGCUAGGCAAAUUUCCAGGGCGGACCUAGCUCUGCCUUUGAGGACCAAGCUCUUCCCAGUUUCAGAGGUUCCGCCUCACAGAGCAGCCGACUCCCCAACUCGGCUCCUUCAGACUAGCCAGCAGCAUCUGGUGGAACUGCAUAUCUUCUGAGCUCAUUAUUGGUAAAAGCUUUGUUAAAGGAUUAAUAAAUGAGCCAUGUUGUGAUGACUUCCUGAAGGUGGAAGUCAUCACCUUUCACCAGGACAGGAGUUUUUAAAGAGACAAAGGCCCAAUUUCAAGGUGUUAAGUUAAAAAAGUCAAAUUUCUUU